UCCUCGUUCGAGUCGUUCUCUUCCCGCGGCCGCACUCUCUCUGCUUCUUUCUUUAUCGUCGGCGCCUAACUCUCCCCGCUCUCCUUCCCUCUCUUUUGGCGCCCGUUUAAUCACCGUUUCCACAUUCCAUGUUUCCGGCAAAUUCCAAUCUCUCAGGCUCCCCCGCUUCUAUCGUUUGCUACCGGGAGCUGUUCUGGUUUAGGACGAGCGUUGGUUAUCGCAUGGUGGUGUUGAGUAUGGCCGGGAUAAGGGCAGUGAAGUGUUCGGUCUGCCAGUGAGAGAUUAUGUGUUCGAGUCAUGGGGCUGUGUUCGUUCUGCCAUGAGAGAUUAUGUGUUCGAAUCAUGGGCUGACCAAUUUUUUGCGCAGGAUGGUUUAGCGUAUUGAUUUGCCUCGUUGCACUUAACAACAUUCACCCUUGUCUUCCUCGGAGAGAGAGGGAAGGUGAGAGAAAGCAAUGGAGGCAAAGGGGACGGUACUGGUCUUGGAUUAUGGUUCUCAGUACACACACCUUAUCACGCGCCGCAUCCGCCAGCUCCAUGUACUGUCUUUAUGCAUCUCUGGUACCUCCUCCCUCCAGGCCAUUAUAGACCACCGUCCCCGCGUCAUCAUCCUCUCUGGUGGCCCCCACUCGGUCCACUGUUCCGGUGCUCCCUCCUUCCCUGAUGGCUUUCUGCGUUACGUGGAGGAAUCCGGUGCCUUUGUCCUUGGCAUAUGCUAUGGCCUCCAGCUCCUGGUGCAGUCAAUGGGUGGGGAGGUCGGCAUGGCUGACUGCAGGGAGUAUGGCCGGAUGGAGAUCGCAGUCGAUGGCUGCAGUCGGCUUUUUCCUCGAGAGGAGGGGGAAUGGAAACAGUUUGUCUGGAUGAGUCAUGGUGAUGAGGUGGUUAGGCUGCCUGAGGGGUUCCGUGUUGUUGGAAGGAGCAAGGAGAACGGUGUUGCAGCGAUUGAGAACCCCUCCAGAAGGAUUUACGGGCUACAGUAUCACCCCGAGGUGACUCAUUCUCCACAAGGAAUGGAAACUCUGCAGCAUUUUCUUUUCAAUAUCUGUGGUAUUACUGCUGAUUGGAACCUCCAUGACGUUUUACAAGAACAAGAAAAAGAAAUCAAAGAGAUGGUGGGACCUCAUGAUCAUGUAAUUUGUGCACUAUCUGGUGGAGUAGAUUCAACAGUCGCUGCUACCAUUGUACAUAAAGCUAUUGGAGAUAGGCUUCAUUGUGUUUUCGUUGACAAUGGCUUACUGAGGUAUAAAGAGAAAGAGCGUGUCAUGUCAACAUUUGAGAGUGACUUGCACCUACCAGUUACAUGUGUAGAUGCAACAGAGCGGUUUCUUAGUAAGCUAAAAGGUGUUGAAGAUCCUGAAUCCAAAAGAAAAAUAAUUGGUGCUGAGUUCAUCUCGAUUUUUGAUGAUUUUGCACAAGACAUGGAGCAGAAAUUGGGGAGAAAACCAUCUUUCUUGGUUCAAGGAACAUUGUAUCCUGAUGUCAUUGAGUCAUGUCCGCCACCAGGCAGUGGGAGGAAUCAUUCACACACCAUCAAGAGUCACCAUAAUGUUGGUGGCCUUCCAAAGAACAUGAAAUUAAAGCUUAUUGAGCCACUUAAACUACUCUUCAAGGAUGAGGUGCGACAGUUGGGGAGCAUCCUAAAUGUUCCACGAGCUUUCCUCCAACGUCAUCCUUUCCCAGGUCCAGGACUUGCAGUACGUAUAUUGGGUGAUGUCACUGAAGGAAAUGACUUGGAGAUCUUGCGCCAGGUUGAUGAGAUAUAUAUUCAGUCAAUCAAGGAGGCUGGGCUUUACGACUCCAUCUGGCAAGCAUUUGCUGUUCUCUUGCGUGAUAGAACAGUGGGUGUUCAAGGUGACCAAAGAACUCAUUCCCGUGCUGUAUCUCUUAGAGCUGUUACAAGUCAGGAUGGAAUGACUGCAGACUGGUACUACUUUGAUCAUGAGUUCCUAGCCAAUGUCUCGGCUAAAAUCUGCAAUGGAGUCCGGGAAGUGAAUCGUGUUCUUGUUGACAUAACAUCAAAGCCACCAUCAACAAUUGAAUGGGAAUAAACGGUAGUCAGGAAGCUGCUUCUUAUACAAGUAGUCAUAAGUUAAAUGAUUGGUGGUUGUGCAUGGGCAUGACAUAACGGCUGAUCAAGUCGCUCAAACUCUGAUGGUUGGUUAUCUGAAGAGAAGGACCCCAACGGAGUGGGAAUUUGGAAGGUCUGAAAUUAAUAUAUUGGCCUUUCAGGACUUAUUUUGUAGAGGCCUGUGAUAACGUGUAUUCUAUUUGACAUUCAUCGUACAUGAGGAAAAUUAUUUGGUGCCUUAAAAGUCAAGCUUUUUUUUUAAUGCAAUUUGUGUAUUUCUUGAGCCUUACAGAAGAAUCAGUUGAACUCAAAUGUGAUUAAAAAGCUGUGAAACAAUAUCGUUUUUGUGGCGAUAUUCAAUCUAA